AUGCGUCGCUUGCAGAAGGAGUUACGCGACAUCACCGUGGACCCUCCACCGUAUUGUAACGCCGCUCCUUCGUCGGAAAGCAUUUUCACGUGGUAUUUCACCCUCGAUGGACCACCUCAGACGCCUUAUGAAGGUGGUCGAUACCUUGGGGAGCUGAGGUUCCCACCUGAAUAUCCGAUGGAGCCACCCAAAAUAAUUAUGCUGACGCCGAGUGGACGGUUUGUUAUUAACAGUCCCAUUUGCCUUACCAUAACUGAUUUUCAUCCGGAAGAGUGGAGCCCAAUGUGGGGGGUGCGGACAAUAAUCACUGGUUUGCUUUCAUUCAUGGUCAGUGAGGAAAGUGGGUUGGGCGGGAUAACGGAAACUGCAGUGAGUCGAAGGGCUCUGGCUGCAAAAAGUCAUCGCUAUAAUGUGGAGCGUGUGCCGGUAUACAAGGAAUUGUUCAACAGCGAGUACCAGAAAGAUUUAAAAAAAUUGAAUAAAAAAAACAAAGAUACCUCGUGA